AUGACGCCUCCUUUAUGGAGUGUCGGCGUGGGGGGUAAUCUUCCUGUGGAUAGCGCUAUAUUCUUAGAAUUUCUGCCGGGCACUCACCAGUAUCUCUUAACAAUACUGUCAAUUUGGUGGGCGUUCGGUCAAUUACUUGGGAGCUUAAUAGCAUGGCCGAUUAUUUCGAACUACUCGUGCGACGCAACCGCGACGACAUGUGCUCGUAGAGAUAACAUGGGGUGGCGCUACUUCCUCAUUGCCAUGGGUGGUCUCAUGAUAGUACUAUGGUUCAUCCGAUUUUUCGUAUUCCGUCUUUACGAAUCACCGAAAUACCUGAUGGGUCGUGGUCGAUUCGCCGAGGCAGUCGAAGUCGUUCACGCCGUUGCCAAGUAUAAUGGCAAGUCUGUAUCACUGACGACCGAAGAGCUCGAGACCGCAGGUGUCUCUGGCAAUCAUGCGAACACGGCAAAGGGUAUCGAGGAAGGCCCUCGUGAAUUAGAUACGACUGCUCGAGCCGCGCUUAAGCGCAAGUUUGAGCAAUUCAACGGAGACCAUGUCCGAUCCUUGUUUGCAACGAGGAAGAUGGCUAUUUCGACCUCGUUAGUCAUCGCGAUUUGGGCUAUUAUUGGCUUGGCGUUCCCGUUGUAUAAUUCAUUUGUCACCUAUUUCCUUGCUACUCGAGGAGCUGACUUUGGCGAUGGAUCGGUCUACAUAACAUACCGCAACCAGGUUAUACUCAGCGUCAUUGGUGUACCCGGGGCUCUUUUAGGAGGAUGGGCUGUCGAGGUACCCUUCCUGGGACGGCGUGGAACACUUUCGAUUACUACAAUUCUCACUGGUGUCUUUCUAUUCGCUAGCACAACCGCCCGUAGUUCUGAUGCACUGCUCGGGUGGAACUGCGGGUACAGCUUUACCAGCAACAUCAUGUACGGCGUACUGUACGCAAUGACUCCUGAGCUAUUCCCAACAAAAGAUAGAGGAACUGGAAACGGCAUCGCCGCAACCGCAAAUCGUAUUUUUGGUAUCAUGGCUCCUAUUAUUGCAUUAUAUGCAAAUUUAUCGACCUCGGUGCCUAUCUACGUGUCAGGCGCUCUCUUCAUUCUGGCUGGAUUUGUUGCCCUCUUACUUCCAUUCGAACCACGGGGGAAAGCUUCAUUGUAA